AUGUACCUGAACCCGGACGUGUACGUGCCGUGGCAGCCACAGCCCCCGAGCUUGGAAAGUGCCGUGGCUGCGGGCUUCAGAUUUCCGCCAUCGCCGCCAACGGAGUAUUACGUGGGCCCGGCCUGGUUUAACGUGAACGGCCCGCCGCCACUUCCAUGUUUUUACAUACUGCUCCCACCGCUGCGUCGAACUGGUUCCGGUGCACCGGAAGUGAGAACGAAUCAAAAUGAAGCUGCAGUAAAGGUUAGUUACGUGUUGUCAGAGUUAAUUGCCAAACAUUCAAAACCGUUCACUGAAGGUGAUCUUAUAAAAACGUGUUUGAUUAAAACUGCUGAAAUUAUUUGUUCCGGAAAUCUAAAAGCUUUUCAAAACAUUUCAUUAACACGAAAUAUGGUUGCUGAAAGAAUAACUGAACUAGCUUGCAAUUUGAGUAAUCAAAUUAAAAUUAAAAUACCAACAUUCGAGUAUUUUUCAAUCGCUUGUGAUGAAAGAACCGAUAUUGGUGGCACAGCUCAGUUAGCUGUGUUUUUUCGUGCUUGCGAUAAGGAAUUUAAUAUUUUUGAAGAGUUAUUGGAAAUUAUACCUAUGUUUGAUACUACUACAGGAGAGGAUGUAUUCGUUUCUGUUGUUGAACUCUUGAAAAAAUAUGAUUUACCUUUGGAAAAGUUGUCAUCUGUAGCUACAGAUGGAGCUUCUUCUAUGACGGGGAAAAAUAAAGGAUUCGUUGAAAGAUUGCAAAAAAAAACGAAUGAAUAUGUUGAGCAUAAAUUUCAUAGGACACAUUGUAUUAUACACCAAGAGGUGUUAUGUACAAAAGUUAUAAAUGUGGCACAUGUAAUAAGACCUGUAAAACAAAUGGUCAAUUUUAUAAGAUCCCGUGUUUUGAACCAAAGACAAUUUUUGAUUUUUUUAAAUGAUUUAGAAAGCGAGUAUUCAGGUUUACCAUACUUUACAGAAGUUCGAUGGUUAUCGUGUUCCAUUGUAUUGGAAAGAUUCUGGAAGUUAAGAGAUGCCAUACAAAUAUUUUUAGAGUCUAAAAAACAAGACGUCAGCGUUUUAUCGGAUCCAAUGUGGUUACAAGACCUAUCUUUCAUGGUCGAUAUAACGAAGCAUUUAUCGAAUUUAAAUUUAAAAUUACAAGGGAAAAAUCAAACUAUAAAAGCCAUUAAUUACCAUGUAAAGGCUUUCAAAUGUAAAUUAGAUCUAUUUAAAACACAAUUACAAAACGAAGACUUAACGCAUUUUCCAGCAUGCAUGACGUAUACAAAAAUUAAUAAUGAUCCAAUUUCCUACAAAAAAUAUUCAGAAAAAAUUAUGUGUUUGAAGACUGAAUUCGAAAAUAGGUUUCAAGAUUUCCAAUAUUUAGAAAACGAUUUUGCCUUAUUUACCUCUCUUUUUUCAAUAGACGCAGUAAAUGUUUCAACACAUAUACAAAUGGAAUUGAUCGAGAUUCAAAAUGAUUCAAAUUUAAAAAAUAAAUUCAAUGAUGUUGGUGUUUCUGAUUUUUACAGUUUUGUGCCAACACGUUAUGUAGAAAUUUAUAGAUUUGCAAGUAAAAUUAUUUCUAUGUUUAGUAGUACUUAUCAAUGUGAGCAAAUUUUUUCAUUAAUGAACAGUAAUAAAUCACCCGUAAGAUCCAGAUUAACCGACACACAUCUAAAUGCAGUAUUAAAAGUGACUUCGUCAAAUAAUAUUUCUCCCGAAAUUGAAAAGUUGGUGGGAGAAAAGAGAUGUCAAAUAUCGUCUAAAAAAAAUUAUUAA